AAACCCAAUGAAUUUCGGGUAAUGCGGGACCGCGCUACACUGCAACAAAAGUUUUGUGUUUUUCAUCAUCUACCAAGGCCAUGGCAUGCACUCAGCAAGUGAAGUCAUCACAGGUUACUCAGCUGUUGCCUAACGAGGUCGUAACCGAGCAACAAUCCCUCAUUUUUGUAAAGAAGCUUCUGGCCAUUGCAGUUUCUGGCAUCACAUACCUCAGGGGCAUUUUCCCAAAGCGAGCCUAUGGGACCAAAUAUGUUGAAGAUGAGCAGGUGAUGAUCCUCAAAGGAGAGCGUGACUGUCCUGCUUCUUCUCGGAUACUUCAGUGGAUGCAGGGUUGUUUUGACGCCGUUCAGAAGAAAUAUCUGCGGACAGUUAUAAUAUCUAUUUAUACCGAUCCAGAAAACCCCAAGCUAGUGACUGAGUUUUACCAGUUUAAAAUCCAGUACACCACAAAGGGGACACAGCUGGAUUUUGAAAGCAGCAACACCAUCCAAAAGGUGUCAACGGAGUCAUGUGGAAGCAUAAAGAAAGCCAGCAUCUUGCUGGUGAGGAAGCUCUACACGCUGAUGCAGAACCUGGGUCCUCUGCCUGAUAAUGUCUGCCUCAACAUGAAGCUGGCUUAUUACGACGAUGUCACUCCUCCCGACUACCAGCCUCCCGGCUUCAAGGAGGCAGAAGGUGACACCAUGGAUUUUGAGCAGGAGCCAGUUAGACUAACCAUGGGCGAGGUGGCCACCCCAUUUCACUGCAUUAAGUUUGACAUGGCCACUGAGAAACGGAGACUGGAGCAGGUGGAGGAGAUCUCUUCUGUGAAGGAGAAAUGGGUUGUGAAGAUUGAGGACCAGGGUUUCGUACAGAGUCGCGUGCCCGAAGAUGUGGAGAAGCCUGACAACCAGAACAGGGAUGUGGACAACACAGAGAUCCAGAUGAGCAUCAGUGAGAGGAACGAGACUUGUGUGGAAGCUGCAGAGACGGACAAUCUGGUGGGGAACAAUUCUGAUUUGGAGCUCAGGCUGAAGAGGACCAGGAGUGGGCGGAUAAUCAAGUCCUCAACGGUUUCAAAGUACAACAUCCACUGCAGCCAGGAAUCAUCAACUGCCUCUGCUAUCUGGAAGAGACGCAAAUUCAGCGAGCCCAAAGAUCACUGCUGACCUCACGUAGUCGCCUCAGACGCAUCAUUUUGUUGUUGUGUCACCUUAAAAGUUUUAAAUGUUUGUCUUUUUAAUGAGAUUUAAACUCUGUUGUGAAGUUUGGGCUGAAGCAGCGUUAGGUUGUGUUCCUCUUGGCUCGUUUGAAUGAGACGUAGUUCCAAAACGUGAAGUUUGCUGUUACCGUUCGUGGUCGUAAAGCUCAAAUGUCGAUAAAACACAGGUGUUUCUUUGCUUUCAUCAAACCUGCUAAAUGUUCUGUGUGAAAGAAAACAACAAAUAAAAGUUCAUUCCCAAAAGUCA